AAUGUUUCUCUAAAAAAUAUAGAAUUAAACAUCAAUUAAAAUCUUUCUAAUAUUGCAAAUGGGUGAAUGUUUAACAAUUAAUAUUGACUUACCAUACGUAUUUUUUCAUUUCAAAAAUCAAUAAGAAAAGAUUUAUGACUUUUAUGUAAUAAAUAAAAAAAAAUGUUUAGAUAAUUUGUUAAGAUGAGAAAUAACAAUCUAUACAAUUGGAUAAUCCUAUUAAGAUAACUGUCAAAGCUCCAAAACAGGAUUAAAUAAUUAAAUAACUUUAAGAUUUAUUUCCUUAAAAGGAUAAAGAAGACUUAAUCAAAUAUGUAAAAGAAUAUGGCAAAAAUAAAUCUUUUGAUAAAUUAGUUGAAAAGAUCUUAUAAGAGUGA